AUGGCAGAAUGUACUACAACUGUAAACAACUUGGUUGAUGCAUAUGAUGAGGUCCAGGAGGAACAGUCUUGGACCAGAGCCAAACUGGUGGACAUGGAGGACAUGUCGCGCCAUAUCAAUGUAAAGCUGCGUGGCAUUCCCGAAUCUGUGAUUCCUGCUGACCUCCACAAAUAUGCAAGUGACCUCAUGCAUGUUAUUUUUCCCAAUGCCACACCACUUAAACCAAAUGCUGCAGUAGACUGUUCAGAAUGUGACCCGCAUGCUCUAUGUGACGGACUCCAUUGUUCCUGCAAGGCCGGCUUCUUUGGGAAUGGAUUCAACUGUUCCGACAUUGAUGAGUGUGCCGAUUCCCGAACACACAACUGCUCUGUUGGCACUUGUGAGAACACUGUUGGCUCUUAUAUCUGCCGCUGUCCGAGGGGUUACAUCCAUUUAAAUGGUUCCUGUGUUCCCAUCACUGAGUGUGAAGAUCCGAGUCUAUAUGGAUGUCAUCCUUUAGCAAAGUGCAUUUACAAUAUUUAUAGAUAUACCUGUGUGUGUCCUGAUGGAUACUAUGGGGGUGGUUCCCUUUGUGAAAUUGAUGAAUGUCAGAGAGGUGAUUGUGGCUUUGGAACGGAGUGUUACAAGAACACUGGCUACUAUUUCUGCUCUGAUCCUUGUGUAAGCCACCGGAUACUCAAUAAUCCCUGGAGAGGCACAAACAACACACUAUCCCCAUUCAAUAAUUGUGAUAAUUACAUGAGUGGGUGGUAUCGGUUUACUGGUAGUGGAGGUGUUCGUUUACCAGAAAACUGUGUACCUGAAAAUAGAUGUGGUACACAGGCUCCAGUGUGGAUGAAUGGAACACAUCCUAUGAUCAGGGACGGCAUUGUAGAUCGCACUGCUUGUGCCCAUUGGUAUGGAGACUGCUGCUAUCGGACAUCAACUAUCCAGGUGAAGGCUUGUCCACAGGGAUACCAUGUGUACAAAUUAUCCUCAAAUCCAGGCUCCUGGUGCUACUCAUCUUAUUGUACAGAUGCUUCAACACAAACAUGUAAAGUGGAUGAGGAAUGGAAGCUGAGGAACAAUCGUUAUGGAUGUUUUUGCAAAAAUCAGUAUAAAGUCACCGAUUUGUCACAGGUGGUUCCUGAUCUGGCCUGCGGAGCUUUCGACAUGAACGCCACCUUCCAUAAAUGUCACUUUAAUGAUCUGAACAUUUACUUCAACAAGACUCAUGUGAGGGACAAUAUCUGCUUCAUCUUCAAGGAUGAUCCUGUCACAAAUUCCUUCUCAAUCCUGGCCCCUAUAAAAGCUGGAGGUUGUGGAGUCCAGUCCUACGAAACAAACGAUACCCACGUCACACAUAAGGCUAAAAUCAUUAUUGACGUGGAGGAACCCGGUGCAAUAAUCCUAAGGAAAAAUACCCUGGAUAUAACCCGGCAGUGUGUCUAUGUGUUGGAUAUGAUAAACAGUCUGAACAUCACUCUGCAUCCUUUCAUCAGCUCUAUAAAUAUCUCAGUUUGGUGGAUAGGAACGUUUGAGGUCAUCAUGGCUCUAUAUCAAAAUAGCGGCUACACGACUCCAUACACAGGAUCAGAGGUUGCCCUCUCCACAGAGCAAUUUUUGUAUGUCGGAGUUUUCUUUCUGGGUGGCCCAUCAAAUCUUGUUUUGCUGAUGAAAAACUGCUACUCCACCCCAACAAAUAAUUCAAAUGACCCCCUGAAAUACUACAUCAUCCAAAACAGCUGUCCUAACUUGCAAGAUGGAACUGUAAGUGUUCUAGAGAACGGUGUCUCCAACAAAGGACGGGUAUCUGUGAAGAUGUUGAAGUUUGUUGGAAUUUAUGACAAAGUGUAUCUACAUUGUACGGUCAGCCUGUGUGAAACAGAUUAUGGAUCCUGUGCACCUGUCUGCUCCAGAUCAGGGAGUCCCAGUGAUGGAAUUGGAGUCCCUAGGAUUAUUGAUUACUCCGGUCCCAUGACAAUUGGACCAAUUAGGCGAUCAGGUUCAAUUCCCACCUCCACUCCUAAACCCAGUUCUCCCACCACCACUAAACCUAUUCCCAUCACCACUCCUAAACCCAGUUCCCCCACUACCACUAGUGCUUCAACACAGACAUGUAAAGCAGACGAGGAAUGGCAGCUGAGGGGCAGUCGAUAUGGAUGCUUUUGCAAAGAUCCGUAUAAGGUGACCGGUAUGUAUGCAAGAAUUUAA